AUGGCCAUUGCUCCCCCUCCGGUACGUUCGGCACUCCUGAGGAGUAGCCGGGGAUGCGGCCGCACACUCCCCGCGGCAGCAGCAUCAACACCUCGCCCGUACCGGCCGCUCUCCGUUUCCACCACCACCCGGCUCGGCUCAGCGGACAAGGUACCGCCAUUGCCAUCGGCGCGGUGGACCAGCGAGCUGCCGGCACGCAUCGGCAAGUGUCUCAGUUUUGGCUGCAAUGCCCAGCAGACCUCCCAGGCGGCCGCUGUGCUACGUGUCGUAGCGACCGAGUGGAAAGAGCUUUUGGCUGGGAGCGAGGGGUUCCUGACGGGUGGUCGGCGCGGGUUAGAAGGGCGGGAGAUUGCCUGGGGGGAGAUGGACAGUUUUCAACAUGUCAACAACGUCAACUACUACCGCUACGCCGAAACAGCACGCGUGAAUUGGGUUAACAAUUUUGCGGUCCAUGAAGAUCCGGCGAACGGGAAGCAGUGGCGAGAGCUGGUGGCACCCAUCUCGACGGGGCUCAUUAUGAAGAGCCUCAAGGCCGACUUCAAGUUUCCCAUGGUCUACCCGGACAAGAUUUCAGUUUACCACAAACUCCGAACUCAGCCCUCCAACAACUCAAACAGCGCACCCAGCUCUUUUAUGCUGGAUUGUAUUGUGCUGUCCCACCGCCACCGCCGUGUAGCAUGUCGUCUGGAGGAAGACAUUGUUGUCUACGACUACAAAAAGGGCGGCAAAACCGGCAUGCCGCCCUUUAUGCUGAAUAUGUUUGAGCGCACGUGGGCGCUGCAGGAGGGGGCGACGGCACGGUCAAGGCGGAGAAUUGGGGAGCUGUAUGAUGCGGUGGAGAAGCUGGAAGGGGAAACUUGGAAUCGGGCGGAUGCGGUAGAGGAUAUGGGGGGUUCAACGGGGCAGUAG